AUGAAUAAUUUAAGUUAUUAAAUUUUUAUAUAUAAGUAAAAUAAAAGCGAAAGUGUUGCUAUUGAUCUUUAGAAAGCAGAUUUUUUGGCUUUAUAGAAAACAUUAGGAUCCUUUUUUAGAAAUAAAAAAGACUUAUUUGAAGUAGAAGUUAAAUUAGGUUAUGGAAGUGGAUAGUUAGUAAAUAAAUCAAAUUUAUUAGAAAAGUUUUAUGAUAAGAUCAGGGAUAAUUUAAAAUCUUCAAUGAAUCAUGUACAGAAUUAUUUUGGAUUAGAAAUGAUAUAAGUAUUUACUUUUCAAAAUUUUGAUUGUUUGCUAAAUGUAGACGAUAUUCUAUUUUAGCUUAUAAAAGACAUGUAAUAUCUUAAAGAGUUGAUUGUUGGCUCAAGAAAAGAACUAUCCUGUCUUAUAUUUAGCUAACUCAUUGACGCUAUCAACUUUAAAAGACAAAGCUUAGAAAAGCUCGGUUUGCUGUUUGGCGUUAAAGAGGAUCAGAAUGAUAUUACAAUUAAUAGAAAAUUAGAUUACAUUAAACAUUUAUUCUUAAGCGAGCUGACAUCAGCAAUCUAACUUAAUGCUUUUAAAUUAGCUUAAAGAAUAGAAGAAGUAAAAAUAUUAACUAGCGUUGAUUCUAGACUAUAAAUUGAAACAAUAGUUGAUCAAUUGCUGAUAACAAAUAGCUCUCUGCAAAAAUUAUAUCUUGAUAUUGACUAAAAUAGGUAUUAUUUAUAGAGCAAAAAUUCUUUAAUAUCUAUUGAAAAAUUACAAAACUUAAGAACUUUAUAUUUAAAAGCAUUAAGCCUAAAAAAUGAAAUUCUUGAUAUUCAAAAACUAAAAAAAUUAGAAAAACUAAGUCUAAUUUUCUCUGAUGCAAUUGAUUAUUUAUCAAGCCAUUCUAAUCUAAAUUAGCUUGUUGAAUUAGAAUUAGAUGUUAGAGCAUGUGAUGUGAGUUUACUAAAAGUUAACAAUUUAAAGAAUUUGAGAACUUUACAUUUAAAUUUUAAGCAAAAUUUAAAAAAGGAAACAAAUAAUAUGAUAAGUUGCUUACAAAAAUUUUCACAGAUAGCUCAUUAACUUGAUGAGCUAAGUUUAGAUUUUAGUGAGUCUAGUUAUUUUUGGUAAAAUACAAUGAACACAUAACUGAUUGAAUCUAUUGGAUUCGUCUUUGAGAAGUGUAAUGAAGAAACUACUAUAAAUUUGAAUAAUUAAAAAUGUCUAUUUAAUACAGAAAAAAGAUUUGAACUAGCUCAUUAGAUGAUGAAAAUAAAGAAUUAUAAAAAAUUUUCUCUUAAUGGUGUGUGCAUUUAUGAUGAAUUAUGUCUUGAUAAUGAAAUAUCUUCUUCAACUUUAGGCUGCAAAUUUCAUUAUUUUUUAUCUAUUUUUUCUUAAUGCUAAGAGCUAAGAAAUAAAAUUGUCAAUUUUGAUUAGAAAUAUUUAUAAGACAAUAAAUCUAUUCUAGAAAACAAAAAUUCUUUCUUUUCAAACUUUAAAAAUUUUUCUCUCUCAUCAUUUCCUCUAUAUGAAACAAAAUAAUUAUCUGAAAUGUUUAUCAAUAUCCUUCCUUAAGAGGUAGUUUUUAUUAAUCUACCAAAACACUUCUACAUGAUAUAUUUAAUAAAAAACUCAAAAAAAUUCAAGCACAUUCAAACAAUUUAAUCUGAGGAAAUAUAAAUAGACAGAUUUUUAGAAACAAUUUAACCUAAGUAAAUAAAAGAAGCAUUCACUCAGAAUUUAAAUUUAAAGUUUACUAAAAUGUAUUCAAAUUAUUCCGAGAACAAAAAAUCAUAUCAAGACUUAUUUGAACUUAAGGGGUAUGUAAUUGAAAUUAAAUUAAUUUGUAGCUUUAAUAAAAAAGAUCUUGUAGAACUGUUUGAAUUUAUGAAAAAUAAUAAUAAUAAUAUCAUAUACUUAAAUCUUAAAACUAAAUAUGAGUAUCAUUUGCCAAUAGAAUACAAAGCUACUCAGCAUAUAAUCGAAAACUACACAAAUUUAAUAACAAGCUAUUGUACUGAUACAUUGAUUUAAGUUUUAACUAUCAGUACAUUUAAUAACUACUUAAUUGAACAUAUUUACUUACAUCCUAAAUUACUCUAUUUAGAUUUGUAUUUUUGA